CCCGCGCCGCGCACCGCCGGGCUGCGGCUGAGCCUCCGCAGCGCGAAGAUGGCGACGCGGGCGGGCGGGAGCCCGGCGCUGCGGCGGCUGCUGCGGGGACCCUGCCUGGCCCUGAGCGGAGCCCGGGGAUACUCCAGGGACAACGAGGGCAGCUGGUUCCGCUCACUCUUUGUCCACAAAGUGGAUCCCCGAACAGACGCUCAUUCCACACUCUUGUCGAAGAAAGAAACCAGCAACCUGUACAAGAUCCAGUUUCACAAUGUGAAGCCCGAAUGCCUGGACGCUUACAACAGCCUGACGGAGGAGGUGCUGCCCAAUCUGCACUCGGACACCGAUUACCCGUGUGACCUGGUUGGGAACUGGAACACGUGGUACGGAGAACAGGACCAGGCAGUGCACUUGUGGCGUUUCUCCGGCGGGUACCCGGCACUCAUGGACUGUAUGAACAAAUUGAAACAGAACAAGGAGUACCUGGAGUUCCGCAAGGAGAGGAGUAAAAUGCUGCUGUCUCGCAGGAACCAGUUACUCCUGGAAUUCAGUUUCUGGAAUGAGCCUUUGCCCCGGGUCGGGCCCAACAUCUACGAGCUGAGAACGUACAAGCUAAAGCCAGGGACCAUGAUCGAGUGGGGGAAUAACUGGGCUCGGGCCAUUAAAUACCGUCAGAAAAACCAGGAAGCGGUGGGCGGGUUCUUCUCCCAGAUUGGAGAACUCUACGUGGUUCAUCACCUCUGGGCCUACAAGGACCUACAGUCCCGAGAGGAGACAAGGAACGCUGCCUGGAGGAAGCGAGGCUGGGAUGAGAAUGUGUACUACACAGUCCCCCUGGUUCGGAACAUGGAGUCUCGGAUCAUGAUCCCACUGAAGAUCUCCCCCCUCCAGUGACCCCGCCAGCACAGGAGUCGGCGAACAGACAGGAGUGAGACUCAGUGGGGUGUCUCUGCGGUUCCCACGAAGGAAUCUGUCCCUCUUUCUGUCUCUCUCAGUUCGAGGCCAUGCUCUUAGCCCAGGUGCUUCCCUGUUCCCAGGCUGCUCGGCUCUGUCGGGAGCACCGGUGGGACAUGGAUGAAGUUGGCUGAACCAGCACAAGGCUGCGCAUGGUUUCCUAUCUGUGGGUCCCCAGCUCUGUAUGAAUGGGCCAUGGAGACGGAACUCCCCUUUGCCCUAACGCCGUUCUGGGGAGACAUGACUAUAGAGCGCAGCAUAGCUGAGCCGUGCCCCUGUGGUGAGCAGAGUACAGACACUGAGCUAGCUAAACCAAUGCGCGCUGCUCUCUGGGUCCCGAGGCAAUGUUCAGACAUCUAAAGUUUUAAGCCCCACUCCCCUGCAAGCCAUUCCUCCCGCCACUCGGGGAGGGACUGCUGCUGGUCUCCUUCCCAGCACGCCACUGGGAGGGACCCUUCAUCAUGCCUGGUUGUGUCUGUUACCAUGAUUGUCAGCACAUGGCUAGCCUGGUGUAGGGAGAACUCCACCCCUCCUUCCUCGCCCAGGUUGGAAUUCCAGUUCCUGGCUGUGGUGUCCUGUUGCCAGCGAAUCUUGGCGCUAUCCUUGGGAACAGGAAGUCCUCCAGCCUGCUGAUGGAACCAGGGUGAACCGCCCCACAUCUGCUGAGCCAGGGCCCUCCUUUGGAGGGAGGUGUAUGCUGGAAAGUGGCUGU